AGUCAGGCAUCACAUUCCUCUUUAACUAUCCAAUUUCUUUAUUCGAGGGUAUACAAAUGGUUGCAUACACUGACAUUCAAGUGGUUUAUUCGAGUUAACCUCACAUCCAAACUUUCUUGUUCCAGACAGAGCCCCGCUCUGGUGUAUCUGAGCCUCUCUUACAUGCUCUGAUAACCGUAAUCUCCUCACUGUGACUCUCACAUGAUGAAGAAAUCCCACGGCUCCCAGCAGCCACAGGCUAAACACUGCAUUGUAUCUCCACCUCAGCUCACAUGCUCCUCUGUUCCCCCUGUAGUGAAUGUUCCUCCUAUGUUCCACUUUAAUUUGUAUCAUUCUGAGCGGUUAAGAGCAAAGGGAGAAUUGUCUCCCAGAAGUUGACGACAUGAAACAAUAUUUGUGGAUGAAGAGGAUUUCUUUGCCAUGGUCAAAAAAGGACACGACACUGGAUGAAUCCAGUCCUCUCAUACCAAAGGCAGGCUCUGACAUAGAGGAUUCAGCAGAUCUUUACCAUUCCACCAUAGACUGCUAUGAAGCAGGGCCAAACUGUGGACAGGACCAGACCAGACCUGGUUUUGUCCGACCCCGCUAUGGUUAUACUUUCAUCGACUAUUUCCUAAAAUAUGCCCUGUUCCUAUGCAAUCUGCUGUUCACCGUUGUGGGCCUGAUGGUUCUUGGUGUGGGGAUGUGGGGCCUCGUCAGCAAAGAGUCAUUUGCCCAGGAGAAGAUCGGCAGUAUUGGAAGCGAUCCGAUGCUGAUCAUUGUGGGAAUGGGCCUUCUGCUGACUUUGCUCUGUCUGUCAGGCUGUGUUGGUGCCAUACGAGAGAACUGCACCUUACUGAGGCUGUUCUCUGCCGCUGUGCUCGUGCUCAUCACACUUCAAGUGCUGGCCACCAUUGUGGCCUACAGUCUACAGGAUCAGAUUGGAGGCUAUCUGCAGUCAGGGAUGAUAACAGCAAUGGUGCGCUACCAGGAUGAUCUGGAUCUGAGGUUCAUCAUGGACGAGAUUCAGACAAAUCUGCAGUGCUGUGGGGCGGACAACUAUCGUGACUGGGAGAUCAACUUAUAUUACAACUGCUCAGCUCCAGGAGUUCUGGCCUGUGGCGUCCCUGCGACAUGUUGCGUUGACCCUUUGGAGAACGGCACUGUGUGGAACUCUCAGUGUGGUGUAGGUGCCCAGAUGCUGGAUGAGUUUUCUGCCCAGAGUUUGAUCUUCCUGGGCGGCUGUCUAGGGGGUAUCUCUCGCUGGAUCGAGCUGCACAUGGGUCUGAUAGGAACCAUUGCAAUCGCCUUACUGGGGAUCCAAAUUAUGACUCUGUUUAUCACCACCCGACUAUUAGACAGCAUCUACUGGCAUAAACUUUACAGCUAACAUGGGGUGAUGACUAUGUGUACUCGUAUUUAAUGAAUGCACACUGAUAUUUACAUCUCCAUCUUGUUGGUUACCUGUGAGAAACAUGCUAUAAUCAUAAAAAAUAUUUACUUUUAGUAGGCUAAUAUUGAAAAAAUUAUAUGUGCCAUAUUGUCUUGAGAAAACCGGCAUCUUUGGGAAAAUAUAUCGUACCUUUACAUCUUAGCAAAUGCGGUAACAUAAUAUAACAAACAACAUUCCCAAAAAGCUGCUUUGUAUGUAAGCUAACCGUUUAACACUAAAACCUUGUUUUCUGCCCCCAAUGAGCAAAGUAAUAGUCCCUUGAAUUGCAGAAAAUGAUUAAACCAGCAUCAUUUUACAAAAGAUAUUAGGCUAAAUGCUAAUCAGUGAGCUUUGUUAGCUUUCAAACUGAGUCUGGCCUUUUUAAAACAUUGUGUUAAGUCUAGCUGACUGGUUGCUCGCUAUCUUAAUACUAAACCAUAGCGAGCUAACUGGUUGCUUGCUAGCUAGCUUGCUAGCCUACAGCUUAAAAUGUAGACAUUUCCGAGAGCUGACUUUUGGCAAGUUAGCAGACGUAUUGAAAAAGUCAAACUAUUCCCCAAGUAUUAGCAAAGUGUCUAGUGUUAGAUGUACCAUGAGUUCUAG